AUGUUAUGGCACGUGAAAGUUGACAAAAAAUCUAUGCUUAUAUUUGAUAUUGAUUUAUUAAUUAUGUUGAAUAAAUCAGAUUCUGGAAUGUCAACACCAAAAUCAAUUUCAAAUAUACGUGUCUAUCAAUUUAUACGAGAAAAGUAUAAGACAUUUAUUAAUGAUGAAACAGAACCGAAUGAAAAGGUAGGCACUUGUAUACCACAUCCUUUUCC